UUUUUUAAAGUUAAAAAAUUGAAAUUAUCCGUUUAAAAAACAACAAUAAGACAAAAUGGCAAAAGGUGCUAUCCGUCGUUGGCUGAGUCAGGCGUUCGGUGUCCUUCGACGUCGCCCCUCGGCUCAUGCGGUGGAGGUGAAGAAGGAAGUAUGCGGCGGUUGCCUCGGAAUGUCCGCAUUGAUGAGGAACGUCUGGCAUCUGUUCGUGCGAGGCAAAUCGGGAGCGCGGGGCUUGGAGUUGUCGAAAAUGCCGCUGCUGCUGCCACCGGUGGCGCCAUCGGAGCCGAUGAUACCAUUUGAUGCGGCCAAGACUGCUGCCCUCAGAUCGGCUCGUAGGGCUGGAAAGAGCCGAACAAAUGACUCUCCCUUGCGCAUACGGGAUGGUGUUUGCAAUCGAGGACUCUAUUAUAUGCGUCUCGGACCCCAGAGUACGCCCGACCGUGUGCUGGCUAAGCGCUGAGGCGACCAUUUAAUGUGAAAGGAAGUGCCUUCGAUGUUUUGACCGAAGUCCAUUACCUUUACACGACCACACACACACACACACACUUAUGAUGAUCAGUCAUUUUUUUUCAUGUUCGGCCUAAUCAGAAAUAAACGUUUUAAAGAUGACUUUGCUAAUAAA